AUGCUUCGCAUCGCCAAGGUUUUUUCAUCAACUGUCAAAAAUAUCAACAAGGCCAUUGAAACGCCCUUAGGAUUCAACGUCACGUCCAGAUGUUUGGCUACACAAGCGGCAGUAAAGGUCAAGGAAGAUAAGCCACGAGAAAAUGCCAUCAUGAAGGAGUCUCAGUCUUUUACCAUGAAUCUUUUUCGUGGCCAAUUGCAGCUGAGCCAAGUAUGCCCGUACCCAGAACCUAUGACUCAGGAGCAAACUGAUACGAUAAGAAUGCUUAUUGAUCCCGUGGAAAAGUUCUACGAGGAAGUAAAUGAUGCUGUUAAAAACGAUCAAAACGCGUACGUGGAUGAGAAAACGGCAGCUGCUCUCUGGGAUAUGGGAGCGUUCUCUCUGCAAGUUCCCACGGAAUUUGGCGGAUUGGGAUUAACGAAUACUCAGUACACGCGAAUCGUUGAGAUAUGCGGUUAUCACGAUUUGGGUAUCGGUAUCACACUGGGUGCACAUCAGAGUAUUGGAUUCAAAGGUAUACUUUUGUACGGCACACCGGAACAGAAGACCAAGUACCUACCUCAAGUAAGCAACGGCAAAUACGCUGCCUUCUGUUUGACGGAACCGACUUCCGGUUCCGACGCCAAUUCAAUACGUUCACGUGCUAUUAAAUCCGAGGACGGAUCGCACUAUGUUCUCAACGGCAACAAGAUAUGGAUUUCAAAUGGUGGCAUUGCCGAUGUCAUGACCGUGUUCGCUCAAACGCCUAUCACGGAUCCGAAAACAGGCGAAACGAAAGACAAAAUAACCGCUUUUAUUGUGGAGAGAGGAUUUGGUGGUGUUACCAGUGGAGCGCCCGAGAAAAAAAUGGGCAUCAAGUGUAGCAACACGACUUCGCUUUUCUUCGAGGAUGUUAAGAUCCCACUAGAGAAUGUUCUCGGCAAGGAGGGUGAAGGUUUUAAGGUUGCUAUGAACAUCCUAAAUAAUGGUAGAUUCGGUAUGUCUGCGUGUCUUUCUGGCACCAUGCGCUACUGUAUCAACAAAGCCGUAAAUCAUGCAACGCAACGCCUGCAGUUUGGUCGUACAUUGGAUAAUUAUGGCACAAUACAAGAAAAAUUGGGGCGCAUGUCUAUAUUGCACUACGUCACUCAAUCCCUUGCGUAUAUGAUUUCUGGUAACAUGGAUUGCGGAAGCCAAGAUUAUCAUCUGGAAGCCGCUAUUUCGAAGUGUUUCGCAUCUGAGUCCGCGUGGUGGGUGUGCAAUGAAGCUAUUCAAAUUUUAGGAGGGAUGGGUUUCAUGUGUGAGACCGGUCUAGAACGUGUAAUGCGCGAUUUGCGCAUAUUCCCAAUUUUUGAAGGGACGAACGAUAUUUUGCGUUUGUUCGUGGCGCUUACUGGUAUUCAAUAUGCUGGAAGUCAUUUGAAGGAGCUACAAAAAGCUUUCAAGAAUCCAUCCGCGAAUUUAGGAUUGAUUGUCGAGGAAGCCGCUAAACGUGCAACUAGAGCAAUUGGUUUGAAAUCACCGCCUACGUUUGGGGAUUUGAUACAUCCGAAAUUGGCGGAAAGCGCCGCUCUUUGUUCGAAGAGCGUGGAAAAUUUUGGUCAAGUAAUUGAGUCUUCUCUUAUCAAAUACGGACGAGGCAUUGUAGACGAACAAUUUAUCCUCAAUAGGAUCGCGCAAGCUGCUUUAGAUACAUAUACAAUGGCGGUUGUUCUAAGCAGGGCAACUAUGUCGUUGAAUAAGAAUCUACCUAGUGCAGAGCACGAAUUAUUAAUGGCACAAACUUGGUGCAUGGAGGCGUCAAACCGCGCUGCACAUAAUCUACAGCAAGUCAGUUCCGCCAAACAAUUAGAUAUCUUUAGUAAAUUAAAUAAAAUUUCGAAGAAUAUGUGCGAUGUCGGUGGGUGCGUACAACUGAAUCCAUUAGGCUUUUAAGACUCGAUCUAAAUUUAGUUUAUAGUACAUGACUUGUGCAGUUUUGAAUUUACCCGAGUUUUAUCACGUUAGAAAUAACAAAUCAUUUUCCAUGUGAUGAAAAAAGAGAAUUCUUUCUUAUAUUUCAACUUUGUAAUUUAUAGAAAAACUUAUGAAUAA